AUGCUUGCGUCUACUUCUUCCCCAACCGAUGCGGCCGAAAUACACAAUAAAAUGGAGUUCAAAGAAGACCUUGACUCUCACUCUCACAAGGGUUCUAACACCGAAGGUUCUGGCACCGGAGAGCAGAUUGCCCUUGCCAACGUGGACGUCGAGGCCGCUCCCAAACUUCCACCUCCUGGCGAUUUUCCUGAAGGCGGAUUGGAGGCUUGGCUGGUUGUCCUUGGUGGAUGGUGCGCUCUCUUUUGCACUUUUGGACUGAUCAAUUGCGUGGGCGUAUUUGAAGAGUAUUACGUCUCCGAUCCAUUGAAGGAAUACUCUUCUUCUGUUGUGAGCUGGAUUCUGUCAGUGCUGAUAUUCUUGAUGAUAUUUUGCGGGGCGAUAUUUGGCCUUAUUUUCGAUAAUUAUGGAUCGCGAUGGCUCCUCUGGGGAGGCUCCGUUACUUACGUCUUCGGCCUCAUGAUGACCUCUCUCUCCAAAGAGUACUACCAAUUCUUCCUCGCCCAGGCAAUUGUCUCUGCCAUUGGAUCUAGUGCCGUCUUCAAUGCCUGCAUGUCCUCCAUCGUCAGUUGGUUUCUCAGGAGGCGCGCUGCCGCUUAUGGUAUCAUGGUCUCGGGCUCAUCUGUCGGUGGUGUCGUUUUGCCAAUCAUGAUGAAUAAACUGAUUAUCAAGAUUGGAUUUCCUUGGAUGAUGCGUACACUCGGCUUCAUGUUUAUGGCGCUGCUGGGCAUUGCGUGUUUGACAGUCAAGUCGAGACUGCCACCGCGCCCACGCAAAUUCGUCCUCAGAGAGUACGCGAAGCACCUCAAGGAUAUCCGAUUGGUUACUACCACUGCAGCAUCAUUCUUCUUCUAUAUGGGAAUGUUCUUGCCCUUCAACUAUGUUAUUCUUCAGGCUCAAAACGCCGGCUUCUCUCCGAAGUUGGUCCCAUAUCUGAUACCAAUCCUCAAUGCCUCGAGUAUCUUUGGACGAAUUCUCCCUGGCGUUGUAGCCGACAAGAUGGGCAGGUUCAAUGUGAUGAUCAUCAUCACUUUCGUGUCUGCUAUAUCCUGUCUCGCCAUCUGGAUUCCUGUCAAGAGUAUCGCCGGCAUCAUCGUUUUUGUCAUCAUAUUCGGCUUCUCCUCUGGAGGUGUCAUCUCCCUUGGGCCAACGCUUGUGGCUCAGAUCUCCGACAUUAGGCACAUUGGUACUCGAGUCGGCGUAGCGUUUUCAAUUCAAGCCAUCGGGGCACUGAUUGGAAGUCCCAUUGGCGGCGCCAUUGUGUCGUCGCAGCAUGGCGACUAUCUCGGCCUGCAGUUGUUUUGUGGCUUGUCUAUGGUGGUGGGAUGCUUGUUGUUCAUUUGGGCGCGAUAUACUGUUAUUGGCUUCAAAUGGGUCAAGGUUUGA